CCGCUGGUGCUGCUACAAGCACUUCGAUUGUUACAGUAGACCAAGGCGAGCAACGCCGGAAGACGCGAAAGAGCCUGCGUUACAACAGCAACAACCGCAGAUAGGAAACGUCCAUACAGUACUAGAAGGAGCCAGAUUCGGUUUCGCAGUACCGUACGUACUCGCUAGAAUUGCUCUGUGGAUCGAGACGCACUCUUGUCGGGAAUCCAAGCAAGGUCCAAGCAAGAUCCAAGCAACGCGAACGCCUCCAACACGAACGCCUCCAACGCGAACUCCAACGCAAACGCCUCCAACGCCAACACCCGACACCCAACGAAACAGACCAUGUCCGUCGCACCGGACCGAGGGAACAAGCGCAUGAAGUCGGACGGCGGUCCCAUGGGGUCCGGCCCUCCCGACGGGUACUACGGACAGCACCCGCCCGGACGCUACCCGCCCUACGGCGGUCCCGGGGGGCCGCCCCCUCCCAUGGGCUCGGGCUACCCCCCGGUGUGGCAGCAGGGGCACCCUCCCCCGCACUCGUGGGGGUCCUCCGGGCCGCCCCCGCCGGGCCCGGUCUACCACGGGGGAGCGCCCUCGAUGGGCCCCGACCGGGGGACCUACGGGGGUGCCUAUCCGCCCCGGGGGCCCCCGGGGAUGCAGGGGCUUCCGCCGCAGCAGCAGCCGACGCAGCGCCGGGGGGGAGCCCAAGGAGGGCCCCCUCCGCAAUCGCGGCAGGCAAAGGACGGAAGCGGGCCACCGCAAGACGGGAGCCGCCCGCCGCAGGGCUACCAGGGGGGCUACUACCCGCCCCCCCAGGGACCCCAUCCGGGACCCCACCAGGGACCCCCGAGGUCCUACGGGAACACCCCGUAUCCCCCGGGAGGGCCCCCGCAGAUGCACCACGGGCCGCCGCCCCAGUCCUACGGGGGAGCGCCGCCGCCGUCGUCCCGGUCCGGCCCUUCCUACGGGGGCGCCGCGUCCCGGGCUCCUCCGGCCCAGCCGCGCCAGAGGCCGGCGCAGGAGGUCCUGGGGGGCGGUCCGGGGGGUGGCCCGGGCGGCUACGGCCUCCAGGCGUCUUCCGCCACCGCCGCCACCACCGGAACGGACGCCCCAGACUUUGACAACCUCUUUUCGCCGCGGCAGGGGGGAGUGGGGACGCAAGCGGGAACCACCCCGGACGACGACGGGAACUGCUCCGUCGCCACCGAAGGGAACAACUCCAAGGACAAGGGCCGCGGGAGCUACAAGUGCGGAAGGGUGCGUUUCUGUCUUGCCUUUUUGUCUUGCCUUUUUGUUGCAUUCUCUUUUCCAUGUCCAUGCCAAUGUCCAUGUCCAAGUUGCAUGCAUGUUUUGGUUUGUGGUGCUCGGCGAUGGCACAGGCCGUUUCUCGCACCGUUGCGGUCGUUCUGCCAUUUUUCCUCCACGCACUCACGCCUUUUUCGUUCCUGUUUUUCACCCGUACAGUGCGGAGCACCGAAAAAAGGCCACGUUUGUCCUUAUCAACCGAAACUUACUCGCAAGGUUGGGGAACCUCUGCCGGAGAUGCGCUCGGCGGCAAUACAGGUAGAAAUGGACGAAGUAAGUAACGCAACGCAACGCAACAUAACGUAGUCCCCGCCCUAUGUCGUCCCUAUGUCGUCGAGACCACCGGUGCCAAGCACGAUUUCUUUCGCAUGCAACCUAAUCGCUUGUCCAAUGUUUUUUUCCUCUUCUGGGCGAAUGCUUGCGAACCAAGUUUAUGACUCUGCGACGGCUGAACCUGAGAAUCCAGGGGUUUCCAGAAUCCUAUGCCAGCGAACCCUUUGGAGAAGACAUGGUGGUGGGCGAGCCACACCAACCGCAGUCGGCCAUGAAUGCGAUUUCGCCGCUGCCUCAACACAUGUCAUCGCAGCCGCAGCAACACGGGGGCGUCGGUCUGAACGUUGUCGACAGAAACGGAAUCUCGCAACCGCUUCCGCCAUCGUCUGGCAUCGAUCCGGUGACCGGUGCCAGAGCCGAAGAUCCAAUAGUUGGAACUGUGUGAGAAUUUCUUCACUUUCGGAGAACGGACCAGGACAACACUCCAAAGGGUUCGGAAACCACCAACAGCUCUGUCGAGUGGUUGGCACGGGGAAGCCUUCUGCUCUAUUGGUGCUUCGGGUCCACAGCUGGUACUGGACCGUCAGGCGGUAUGUGCCAUUGUAGCGUCGGGUGUGCGAAAGCUUGUGCUCCCGCUGCUACUGGCUCGAGCAGGCAGCGGACGGAGAGGAGCGGUUCGUUGUGGCUACGAUUGCUCUGGCACCGCACACGAGAAACUCGAACAAAUCCGAAACGAGGGCCGUGCGAAUUGUGCAAUAAUACUGUAUUACGGGUUUGUAGCAGGAGGAAGGCGCUCGUCGGCGAAUGCCUGCCUGCCUGCCUGCCGCUGUGGUCCCACGGCUCUCGUUCGCGAAACAAGGCUGUGUCGGUGGGGUACGUUCUCUCGAGUGGAUGCGGUGUGAACUGGCAUUCCUGGCACGGCCAAGGAUAAUAGAACUACAUGUUCCUGCACUAUUUCAUAUUAGGCUACAACGAUUUUCAUUUCACGAGGAUAACUCUUUCUAACAGUACUACUAGUAGUGAUAGCAACACUCCCAAUAGCAUACUGUAUGCACACAAACAGGCAGUUGCCAACACGGAUGGAAACGCGUUGCCACCGCAAGCAGUGACAAUACGAGUUUCGGUACUGCAAACUACCGUAGCCUUUCGACCUCUCGAUCGGCUCCGUCCCGGUUCUUGUAGUAUGCGAUGGAGGAUGUCCUGCGCGUUCUCCUCUUCUCCCAUUCCCACCACCAACAACACAGAGCAGGGGCAACGCCGGCAAGUGCGUCCACGGCGUUCGAUGGCAAAGAACUCGGCUCGGCUCGGCUCUCGAGAUCGUCCCCUUGUGCGUUACCGGAUCCCCCCGCCGCAACGAGAGUACCGAGAUAUCCCAAAGGAUCUGGACACAGCCUUCCACGGGUCAACCCCUCCCCUAUCUGUCGGCGGCCGCAACCGGUUGGUUCUCCUUCCUGUUCUUUGCAGAGGAAUAAGCCAGCUGGUUCGAAACUCUCCCUCCCUCUCUCUCUCUCUCUCUCUCUCUCUCUCUCCCUCUCUCUCUCUCUCUCUCUCUCUCUCUGUAUUGCUCACCCCCUCCCCUUGUCGGAUGCAACAGGUUGUGUCCCAUUCUUUUUUGCAUCAUUAGCAAGCUGGUUUGCAAGUCUCUCUGUAUUUGAAAGGGUUUUUACGGUCACCAAUCCCUUCCCAUGCCAGCGGUCCAAGGAGGACAAGCUUCCAGGCAAGGCAGGUCCGCCACGGACACACACGCCUCCAUGCCACCAAGGACAAAUUACUAAAACUUAUAGAUCGUGUUCCUUGGUGCUGGUCUGCUGUUUGUUGCUCCUUCCGCUUUUUCUUCGGGUGGAUUGCAAACGAGUACCACCAAAUACUACUACUACUAAUAAGGACUUUGGUAGUGGGAGCAUGAUUCAAUAGUCUCUCUGUACUAGAUUUCUGCGCUCCUUGGCCUCAUCAGCCUCUCCUGGUGUGUCCUUCUUCUCCUUCUUCUUCUUGCAUCCUCUGCCCACCAGCAGUCCUCCUCCUCCUUGCUUCUCUGGAUUUGGUCUGUUGUUGUGCUGUCUGCUACUACUAGUAGUACUACUACUAGUUUUACUUUGUGUUACAGCAGUAUCCACCACCCUGCUCACUCCAAGGAUAACUUGGUGGCAUUGUUACUAUGCAUCAUAAUCGCCAGGAAUAUCAUGCA